UCGGGUAGAUUCGAAAAUUUUGAUUUAUUUACAAAAUGAGAAUAAUUCAAAAUAUUUUGAUGAAAGAUUAAAUAUAAUGAUAAAAAAGAUCAAAGAAUUUAAAAAAUUAGUGGAUAAUGGACGAAAUUCUAUAUUUGAUAUAGUAGAUAAUAUAAAUAAUAAUGAAAGUAAUUUUGAAGAUGGAAUAAAAGGAGCCGAAGAAUUUAUUAAAAAUGGAGAAUGUGAUUCAAAAUAUUUAGUUGAUAUAAUUAAAGCCAAAAGGGAACUUGAGAUCGUUAAUCACAUAUUAAAUCAUUUUAAUAAUACUAAUGGUAAUUUAGAUAAAAUGAGUCAAAUUUUAAAUAGUUAUCAAGGUGAUUUGUUGAAUGUUUCCGAUGAAAUUAAAAACGUUAGUAAAUUUGAAGUUACUAGAGAAGAUCUUAAACAUUUAAGAUUAGCUUUGGAUAUUUUGAAAGAGAGUCAUUACAAAUUUAUCCGAAAAUCACUUAAUUGUACUCUAUGAAUUGUACUUUUCAUAAAUUUGAUUGAAUAAUUUUUUUGUUUAUUUGUUUCUU